GCAAGGCUGGUCGUUCCUUCUCAUGGAUAGGAAAGUAAAACGAAACCUAGUUCAGUCACGUCUACUCGCACAACUAUUUGCACUAUGUGCUCUUCAUUUAAAACUGUGUAUGACAUUUCUCUAAGACCAUCAACAAUGACCUCAAAGUCUUGGAACUCAUCUUUCUCUACAAUAUUACUGUUGCUUUGUGUAAUUGUUGCAGCUGUUUCAAUAGGACUUCAGUGGACAAGUGUCAUCUCAAGCAACAAAAAUAGCAUCUUUAAACAACAAAAACAGGAUUUGGAUGAUACAGGCGAGCCACUCCGGAUUCUUUUGGUUGGAAAAACAGGCAACGGAAAAAGCACAACAGGCAACACUAUCUUGGGACAGAAGGUUUUUAAAUCAGAGAUGUCAUCCUCCUCUGUGACUGGACAAUGUGAAAAAUUUAAUGCAAUUAUAAACAGCAGAAAUGUAUCUGUCAUUGACUCUCCAGGUCUGUUUGACACCAGCCUAACUGUAGAUGAAGUAGUCAACAGAAUUAAACUCUGUAUCCCUCUUUCUGCUCCUGGUCCACAUGUCUUCUUAGUUGUGAUUCAGCUCGGCAGAUUCACUGAUGAAGAAGCAGAAGCUGUUAGAAUCAUUCAAGCCGUUUUUGGUGAGGAAUCCUCCAAUUACAUCAUGACAUUGUUCACUCAUGGAGAUCGACUGGAGGGCCGAAACAUUCACAGAUUUGUGCGGGACAACUCAGAACUGCUCAGUUUCAUCAAAACAUGCAGUGGACGAUACCAUGUGUUCAACAAUAAAGAACACAACCCUGAACAGGUCAAUCAGUUGCUCGACCAGAUUGAUAAAAUGGUCACUGGGAAUGGUGGGCAAUACUACACCAGUGAGAUGCUUGAAAGGGUAAAGAGAGCGAUUGAGAAAGAGAAACAACGUCUCCUGAAGGAGAAUGAGGAGCAGAGACAGAGAGAGAUAGACGCUCUGAGGACUCAACUUGAAGAUGAGGCCUAUGAAAAAGCAUUAAAAAAGUUAAAACAAAAAUAAAUGACCAGCUGGCAAGAUACCAAGCUCAGAAUGAUCCAGACUUGAAAAUUCUUGUUUUGUCCAAGUCACAAUAAAAGCACAUCUAGAAACACAA